AUGGUUCUGACUACGACUUAUGGAAGACGGGCCUGGUGGAAUACGCCAGCGCAGUCGCUGCUGCUGGAAGGUAGCGAUAUUCGAUCCGCCGACGACGGCAGUACACGCUCGCCCACCGCACGGAAGUUCCGCUUCCAACAAUCGGUGGUGAUAGCCCAGCUGUCGGCCGUCACGCUUACCGCCAGUGUGAUCAAUGGGUUGGUCGUGGUCGGUCUGCCGACUAUCACCAAGGAUCUCCAGCUGCCGUCGUCCCUUUCCUUCUGGCCCUCGUCUGUGAGCAGCCUGGCCACCGCUUCCACCCUGCUAUUGGCGGGUUCCAUCGCCGAUGCUAUCGGUCCGCGAUGGGUCGAGCUUGUCGGCUCGUUCGCCAGCGGACUGUUGAUGAUCGGGCAGGGCUUGUCUCGCAACGGAGAUGAGCUGGUCGUGCUGCGAGCCCUCCAGGGCGUCGGGCUGGCAUUCCAUCUGGCCUCGUCGAUCUCCAUCAUCACGCAGCUCUUGCCUCCGGGUCAGGGCCGCAACCUAGCCUUCUCCUGCCUGGGCCUCAGCCAGCCCCUUGGCUUCUCUUUGGGGCUGGUAGUGGGAGGCGUGCUCGUGGACACUAUCGGCUGGCGUGCGGGCUGGUAUCUCGCAGGGGGAAUCACCCUGUUCUUCGCGGUCGUCGGCCUGUGGGCUGUCCCGCGCAGCGAGACCCUUCGCCACGCAAACCUGAUGCACAAUGUCAAGACGCAGAUCGACUGGGUUGGCGCGGGCCUGGCCUCUGCGUUCAUGGCGUUGGUGUGCUACCUACUGGCAAUCCUAAGCGCAGACCCGUCUCGCAUCCGGUCCGCCGAAGCAAUCGUCAUUCUAUGCGUGGCGGCCAUCGCCCUCCCAGCGUUUGUCUACUGGAUGCACCACCAGGUCAAGCGGAACCAACCGGCUCUCAUCCCCAACUCGCUCUGGCGCAACAAAUCGUUCAGCAGCAUCAGCGUGACGAUCGCCGUCUCCAAUGCCGUGAUCAAUUCAAUGGAACUCUUUGCUAGUUUAUACUUCCAAGAAAUCCAAUCCCUCUCCGCACUGCAAGCGUCCAUCCGCAUCCUCCCAAGCCUAGUAAUCGGCAUCCUAAUGAACUUCGUGAUCGGCGUCUUCGUGCACCGCGUCCCGGCCUUCUGGAUCGUCACCGUCACCUCCCUCCUGUGUGCCGGCUCCCCACUCCUCAUGGCCGUCAUCCAGCCCGCCUGGCCCUACUGGGCCAACGCCUUCAUCGCCCAGCUCCUGCAACCCGUCAGCUUCGACGCCCUCUACACCGUCGGCCUGAUCAUCAUCACCGAUAGCUUCCCGGACACCACGCAGGCGUUGGCCGGUGCCGUCUUCAACACCUCGGCCCAGUUCGGGAGCGCGCUGGGCAUGGCUGUCUUGCAGGUUAUCUCGACGGUUGUGGCCGCUGAGAGGGAGAAGAAGAACGGCGGCGGCCGCGGUGAGGCGGAGAAGAAGGCCCUUAUGGAGGGGUAUCGCGCUAGCUUUUGGACGAUGUUUGGGUUCAUGCUGGUUUGUACCGUUGUUGGGUUUGUGGGGUUGAGGAAGACGGGGAGGGUGGGGCUGAAGAGGGAUUAA